UCUACUUCCGGUAUUUUUCCAAUGACAGAAAAUGAAAACAUUGUAGAAAAGGCAAAUGCAUUUAGGUCGGCUGCACGGUGACUCACAAAGAAUUAUUUGAUGUUGAGCAAAUAAUGGAAGGAAGCUAUAGAGAGUAAAUACUGAUUGAAUGCUUCUGCGCAGGAGUUUACAGUUGUAUAAGUAUACUACCUUAGAAGAUUCUUCUACUUGGAUGGAUGGAAGUAGCUCAGUUUUCCAAGAGUCAUAACAGUUCCGUUAUGAUAGACUCCAGACGGUUUACAAUUCACAGUCAGCCGCAGAAUGCAUUUACUGUCAUGCAUGACUUGCGACUUCGACACAUGCUCUGUGAUGUUGUCAUUACAGUGGAGGGAAAGGAUUUUGAUGCACACAAGGUUGUAUUGUGUGGAUGUAGUCCGUACCUUUUGGCAAUGUUUACAAAUGGGAUGCAAGAGUCGGAACAAGAGCAUGUACAGAUUCGGGGCCUUGAAGCAUGGGCUAUGGAGCUUCUGUUGGAGUUUAUGUAUACCAGUGAGAUAGAAAUAACUGUUGAGAAUGUCCAGGGUAUUCUACAAGGAGCAAGUUUACUGGGUCUGCAUCAUUUGCGCAAGUCAUGUGCCACCUUCCUUCAAUCACAACUCACGGCCUCCAACAGUUUAGGAAUCAACUUUUUGGCUGAUUUAUACAUGUGUACUGACUUGGAAGCACUGUCAAGACAAUAUAUAUAUCAAAACUUCCUGGAAGUUAUGCAUUAUGAGGAGUUCUUUCAACUGUCUGAGGAGAGAUUACUUGCAUUAUUAAAAAGUGACAAGCUACAGGUGACAAAUGAACACCAGGUAUUAGAAGCAGUAUGUGCCUGGCUACAGUGUGACGAGUCCAACCGAACUCCAGUUGCCUGCAACCUUCUUCAAUAUGUUAAACUUCCUCUCCUAGGCCUCAACUAUCUGGAAAAUGUUGUGUUAAAAUUUGAAUUUGUGAAAAAUUGUCCAAAGUGUCAGUUGCUCAUCAGUAAGGCUAUAAACAUGCACCAUGAUGAGGCGGCCUUGACCUUAGUGACACCACGUGCUCAGCCUCCGUGUAUAUACGUAAUGGGAGGUCGUAACAGCACUGAUUGUCAACUCAAGAGCAUGGAGAAAUAUGACUUCCUCAUUGAUCAAUGGAAUACUGUGACUAACAUGAACAUAGCACGGACAGCUGUAGGAGCUGUAAGUGUAGAUGGUGUGCUGUACGCCGUGGGCGGGGAAUGUGCUCUUGCGGACACUCAGGAGGACACCCUCUACCUACGCUGUAUGGAGUGUUAUGAUCCUGUUCUUCGACAAUGGAUACCAAAACCGGAGAUGAAGAUUGCACGCUCCUUUGUAGCAUGUGUAGCUAUUGGAAGAAUGUUAUAUGCUAUAGGAGGGGAGGACGGAUCGUGUAGUUAUUGUAUUGUUGAGAAAUACGAUCAGCGACAGGAAGUUUGGAGUUUUGCUGCAAGUAUGAAGAGGAAGAGAGCUGGUGCUGGCACUUGUGUCUGUGAUGGCAAGAUCUAUGUCGCAGGUGGCUAUGACAAGAUCUUACAUCUUGACCGCGCCAGUGUUGAGUGUUUUGAUCCUGCAACUGAGGAAUGGACGUUUGUGUCAGAGAUGGAGAAGGCACGGUCUGGACUGGCCCUCGUCAGUGUUGAACACUACAUAUAUGCCUUUGGUGGGCGCUACAAACACACGGAUCAGUACACAGAUAUGGUAGAAAGAUUCAACACCUUGACCAAUCAAUGGACGACUAUAUCCUCCAUGAAUACACCUAGAGCAUGGCCUGGAAUUGCUGCAUUUGAUGGAAAAAUUUAUCUGAUGGGAGGCUUUGAUGGCACAAGUCGGUUACGUAGCGCUGAGGUGUAUGAUAUUGAAUUGGACCGAUGGGCCUUCCUCAGUAACAUGAUUGUGAGUCGGGCAGGCUGUGGCGCUGCAGUUGUGUAGAUCAUCUGUAUCCGGAUUCAAGCUGGCAGACUGUCUACAUAGUGUUGUAUACGCCAUCAGGAACAUGAUUUAAGCUAUUGGACUUCAGACAUGGCCAAACUUUCAUCAGUUUUUCUUAAUUUAAUUUUUCUGAAACUUUUCGUUAAAAUCCAAUGAUACUUUCCUAUGGAAAAUUUUAAGUUAAGAAUUUUCAGUUAUAAUGCUUUGCUUUUGGAAAUUUGAACUUAAGAAUUUCCUAAUUAAGCAUUAAUGAAUCUUGAGGCCUGGUGCUGUAUAGGCUGUCUGUAACACGGAGAGCCACCAGUAGGUGGGGGGGGGGGGGGGUUUUGUAGUUAAUUCUAUGGUGUUGAUAGGGACUUUAGGCUAGACACCUGUACAGUAUUCAAAAGUCCUCAUUGUGGUAGGCAAAGCAAAUACAGCAGAAAUGAUGAGAAACAAUACCACUGAAUCCCGUUCAUAAAUGUAUAGUCUUUGGCCUGUGGAUGUAAAUUGACAAUGACUUUAAUUUUAAUUCCUUAUGAUUGUGAAUCGUUACAUGUCCAUGAGAUGGAGAGGGUAAGAUUCAGUGUGUUCAUGUUCCUCGGAAUAUAUAGCUGAUAUACAGGUUGUCCCUUCAUGAUAUCAUGGUGCUUUGUAUUAAGGAAUAAUCUAUCUUGGGUUUAUUUUUUUGUUUACUGGUUUGUAAACUGCAUAUUUUACAAAUAUUUUAAAUGACCAUAGACAACAAAAAAUGAUUUUUUUUAUAUUUACUUUUUAAGGUGCUGUGGAAACACAGCCACCUAUUGCUAUGCUAGGGAACUUUUCUUCGAGAACAAUUUCAUUCGGAACUUUUAGGGAAUAAAAAUAUCACUAAUUUCUAUGAUAAAUCCUGACGAGUUCAGGAUAGGAAUGGUAAUAAUUUUUCCAAAAAAAACCCACUAACAACCCGCUAGACAAUCUAUCUCCUGGCACGAAGUAUUUGUUUGUUAUUUAGUAAUGUAAUUUACGCUUUUAUCUGUUUGAAGACAUCUGCUUAAGAUGAAUAAAUUAUAGAAAAUCAUACACAAUCACCUGCCUUAUCCCUGAGUGUUCCGAACUAUUUUCUGUGCGAUUUAUUACGCUUGCUGCCUGGUUUUUGCGAGGAAAAGUAACGAGUACACACACUCUAGUUGAUGCGAUAUUAGAAAGUCAUCUCGAUCUCUAGAUCUUGGGUUCAUAAAAAUGGCACUUGCCCUUUGAAUACUGGUUUUAGUCUCAAAUUUUCAAAUUUGCAAUCGAUAAGUCAAAUCUCCGAUUGUUACUACAUUUUAUACUUAAAAUGAAAGUAGAAUACUUCUGAUUGGUUCUUGCAUCAUUUCCAAGAAAUACAUCAUUUCCAAGAAAUUGUCCUGCAAAAACGGCUGUGCUGGUUGAAUUGAUUAUGAGGAGAACCUAACGUUAGUUUGUUUACAUAACAAAUUCUGAGAGCAAUAGAGGUUCCAUGUUUUGUAUCAGUUGAUAGUGAAAUGCAUGUAUAAUGUAAAUAAAAUGAAUGUGUGAUUCACCAAGUCACCAGAGCUGAAAAAGGACAGUAGGCCCAUUCUUAUAGCAAUAAAUUACCAACAUGUUUCUUCUAAUGUCAAAUGUCAAAUAUUUUUUUUAUUAUACAGAUCAAUUGAUGUAUAUAGAGAAACAAAAGCAGUAAAUUGAGUACAAUUUAAAAACUUAGGAGUCAAAAUACACUGGGAAAGUAAUUAAUAGGAAUAACUAUAUGUCAAAAACAAAAUAAAAAGAAGAGUGCCAACUCCUGAAUCCAGGUAUCUUUGUUUGGUUUGUUUUUGUUUAACGUCCUAUUAACAGCCAGGGUCAUUUAAGAAAUAUCACGAUGUGGUUUAUCAAGAAACAUUACAGGUAUUACAGAUUGAUUGAUCUAACAAUUAAACUUAAUCAUACUGUGCCAAUUAAGUCAAGUGAGGUUUUAAAGGAAUAACUUUGAAAAGCUGGUCAUUUGUGUUGCUUGAAGUUUUAUUAUAUUUUCACUGAUUUUAAAGAUGAAUAUAUAAAUAGGCAGAUUUUAUUAUUUUCAACAUAAUUAAAGGUAUAGCAAAAUAAAAGCACAUUAUGAAUAAACAUUGAAGAUCCUACUUGUUUUUUGGUAUCUGAUAUGUGUCUACAAGCUUUGUGCGAUAUUGAUGUUGAUCUUUAGAACACACAAUUAACCCUUAUAUAUAAAUACUUUGUUAUCAGCAAGAGUUUGCUAUGGGAAUAUUUUUUGGAAUUACUGUAUACUUCAUGUUGGUGUCACUUGACUUUGAAAAGCUAGUCACAUGGUUCAGCUUGUUGAUUAGAAAAUUGUUGACUAAAAUGUGAAAAAAAUGUUGAUUAAAACGGGAAAAAAUUGUUGACUAAAAUGUGAAAUUAAUGUUGAUUGAAAUGUGAAAAAUUACUGACUAAAAUGUGAAAAAAAUGUUAACUAAAAUGUGAAAAAUUGUUGACUAAAGUGUGAAAAAUUGUUGACUAAAAUGUGAAAAAUUGUUGACUGAAAUGUGGAAAAAUUGUUGACUAAAAAUGUGAAAAAAAUAUUUACUUAACUGACUCAUAAUCUUAAUUUGGUCAGUGGAAACUUGUCUUGCAUGAGAUGUUUGUAGAUGGUAAUAUUACAAGUGUCACUUAAUUAGCAAAAUUGUCAAGCAUUAAAUUGGACACACGUGUAGCUCCUCUAAAUUUUACAAAUAUCUUGUCAUCUAAAACAAAGUAUUAAAAAGUUUUAUUAUUA